AUGAGCUCCCUUUUAAAUGAAGGAUUUAAUAUGUUCAUGAAAGAGGCUCAACCAAGAUUCAAAAUUCCAUCUCGUGUCACUGUUGCCAGAGAUUAUUUAUGCUUGUACUUCGAUGAGAAAGAAAAAUUGAAAUCUAUGUUGUCUGCUAAUAAACAAAUGGUGUCUCUUACCACUGAUACUUGGACAUCGAUUCAGAAUAUGAAUAAUGCAAGUGCUAACAAUUUGGCAAUUGAUUAUUUAAAUCGAGGCAUGAGUUUUUGGAAUGGUCGUACUUUGUUUAAUGGGGAGUACUUGCAUAUGAGAUGUAGUGCUCACAUAUUAAACUUGAUUGUCAAAGAAGGAAUAAAGGAUAUUGAUGAAUCUGUUAAAAGAAUUAGGGCUGCAUGUAAGUUUGUCAAGGCUUCUCCUAGUAGGUUGGCUACUUUCAAGAAGUGUGCAGAAGCUGUUGGUGUAUGUUCUAAAGCAUUGGUAACACUAGAUGUAGAAACCAGAUGGAACUCUACUUAUUUAAUAUUGAACAUCGCUGAAAAGUAUGAACAUGCAUUUUACCGCUUAGAACAUGCUGAUGUUGCAUUUUUAACUAAUCUCCGUAUUGAGUCGAAAGGAUGUCCUAAUCGAGCUGAUUGGGAACGAGCUCGUAUUUUUGUGAAGUUUUUGAAAACUUUUUAUGAUGCCACACUUUCUUUUUCUGGGUCAUUGCAUGUUACUGCUAACUCUUUUUUCAAACAGUUGAUGGAUAUUAAAAAAAACGUUGAAUAA